UGGGCCAAAAGUUAACAGGCCAAAACAAAACCCAUAAAGAAAAUUCUCACACAACACAAACCAAAAACCUCACAAAUCUCUUUCCUUCUUUCUCGACAGAAAGAAAAGAUGGCAACAACAGAACCACUCGUUGAAGGUUCCACGGCAGAAGAAGUGGCGGCGGCGGUAGCCGUACCGGCACCAGAAGCAGGGUUAAAGCACAAACUAGAGAGAAAGUGGACUUUCUGGUUCGAUAACCAAUCCAAACCUAAACAAGGUGCUGCUUGGGGAACAUCUCUUCGUAAGGUUUACACCUUCGAUACCGUUGAAGAGUUCUGGUGUUUGCAUGAUCAGAUAUUCAAGCCAAGCAAGUUACCUGGCAAUGCUGAUUUUCACUUGUUUAAGGAUGGGAUUGAACCAAAAUGGGAAGAUCCUGAAUGUGCCAAUGGAGGAAAGUGGACCCUCACCAGCAAAGGAAAGGGAAACCUUGAUACCACGUGGCUUGAAACUUUGAUGGCUUUAAUUGGGGAGCAAUUUGGAGACUCCGAAGACAUUUGCGGCGUAGUUGUGAGUGUGCGCCAGUGGCAGGACAAACUUUCAUUGUGGACAAAAACAGCAGCUAAUGAGUCUGUCCAGAUGGGCAUCGGAAGGAAGUGGAAGGAGAUCAUUGAUGUUAGCGACAAGUUGACCUAUAACUUUCAUGAAGAUUCUAAAAAUCGGGGUGCAAAGGCUCGUUACACUGUAUAAACACUACCAGAGCAUUUUUCCGCGCUUGUACUGGCAAAGCUGUUGUACGCCAUGUGUAUUAGAAGGCACUUCUAUUUUGGUUGAGACUUCAAAUUUAAUUUUGUACCCAUUUCCCUCUUUUGGGUGUAAUACUAUUAUACCUUUUUUCCCCUCCAAUUCUUGAGAUUUUCUGUCAUUUUUCAUUAUAGUUCAUUUGCACUUUUAAUUGUAACGUUAUCAAAAGCUUGAAAUUUUGAAUAUUUCUAGUCCA